GCUUCUCCUAUUUAUUUUCAAAAGUUUUUACCCUUUAAAAUUACUAAUAAUGUCGGUGCCACAAGUAACAGAAAACGCUGUCCUCAUGAAAACAGCACAAGUGGACUUUCUUAAAGAAACUGUCAAAGGCUAUGACUUUAACGAAGGCAUAAACUAUUCAAAAGUACUUGAAUCCUACCUACACACUGGCUUCCAAGCAACAAAUUUCGGUUUGGCAGUUGAAGAAAUCAACAAAAUGCUACACUGCAGAGAUGUGGCACUUCCCGAAGAUAUAUUUCAAGAUGCAGAAGAUCCAUUUAUUAAUGUCAAGUCUAAUUGUACAAUAUUUCUUGGCUAUACCUCGAAUAUCGUUUCUAGUGGCUUGAGAGAAACCAUCAGGUUCUUAGUUCAACAUAAACUGGUAGACUGUAUAGUAACCACAGCAGGAGGCAUAGAAGAAGACUUCAUAAAAUGCCUAGCACCCACCUACCUAGGCGAUUUCAACCUCAAAGGACAAACAUUAAGAGAACAAGGCAUAAAUCGAACCGGUAAUCUCUUAGUGCCCAAUGACAACUACUGCAAAUUCGAAGAUUGGGUAGUGCCAUUAUUAAACGAAAUGUUCAAAGAACAAAAAGAAAACGGAACCAUCUGGACUCCAAGUAAAAUAAUCACCAGACUAGGCGAAAGAAUAAACAAUCCAGAAAGUAUUUAUUACUGGGCUGCAAAGAAUCAGAUACCUGUGUUUAGCCCAGCGUUGACCGAUGGAAGUCUAGGCGAUAUGAUAUUCUUCAGAUGUUUCAGUAAUCCCGGAUUUAUUAUUGACAUUGUUGAUGAUUUGAGAAGGUUGAAUAUGAUGGCGAUCAAAGCAAAGAAUACAGGGGUUGUUAUCAUAGGCGGAGGGUUGAUUAAGCAUCAUAUUAAUAAUGCUAAUUUAAUGAGAAAUGGUUGUGACUACGCGGUGUAUUUAAACACAGCAUCAGAAUUUGAUGGAAGUGACACUGGUGCACGACCAGACGAAGCUGUAUCCUGGGGGAAAAUCAAAAAAGAUGCCACGCCAGUUAAGAUUUACGCUGAGGCAACACUUGUUUUACCUUUGCUUGUUGGCGAGACAUUCGCCAAAUAUCAUUUUGCUAAAUUAAAUAAAACUAAAACUUAAAAACCUCCAAAA